AUGGCUUCUUCUCAGCAAGAUGACGGCGGGCCUCCCCCUCCUACGAACGACUCGCCUUCUUCACCAAGUCCCGCUUCGAAACCAAGCUUCCCGCCCCCUGCGCGCUCGUCCACCACCGCCUCCCUCGCCUCGACGGCGACGAGUCGUCUCCGCUCCGCUUCGCUCAAGUUGCUCGACACGGACCUCCCUCCCGGCUUCAUGGCCGCGACUGGCGGGACCGCCGCACGUAUGCAUUCGUUCUCCGAGAUUCGGCGCGGCAGCUUGGGCACUGGAAACAGCCCUAUCAGCCCUGUCACCAGGCACAAUAGCGAUGAGAGCGGAUCGCGGAAGUUUAGCAGGACAGGAACGGGAUUGAGCACUAUGAGCAAGAAGGGCAAAGGCGCUGGAGUUUUGGAGGAGGAAGAGAGGCGAAGUACUGAAGGCGGAGGGCACCUCGCUGUUUCUGGAGGAACGCCGCUCGAGACGUUGAGGUCUGUGACGAACGAGUCGGGGGCGGAGGGUGGUCGGGUUGACGGUGCGGGCGAUGGGAACGUGAAAGAGUCGACUGCGUCGAGUGCGACUCGGACCGUGACCGCGGAGACGGAUAACAAGCCGCCCGUCACGGAGUACGCCAACGGGUAUCAACCACCGCCGAAGCUACCUUGGACCACUUCCACGGCUUUGGCACUGAAGGCAUACGGGAAGUGGGUCUUGACUAUUCCUGGGUUUUUGAUCACGGUUUACGGCCUCAACGUCGUCGCCUGGGGCGGCAUGCUCUUCCUACUCCUCUGCAACGCGUCGCCGGCCAUGUGCCACCCCACCUGCAACGACAUCAACUCGCCGCGCCGCAUCUGGAUCGAGAUCGACUCGCAGAUCCUCAACGCCCUCUUCUGCGUCACGGGCUUCGGCCUCGUCCCCUGGCGCUUCCGCGACUGGUGGUGGUGGGGCGUCUGGCGCCUGGGCUUCGGCAAGCAAGCCUGGGGCGUGACCCGCGCCGAACGCAAGUCGUACGGCCUCCGCAAGCUCGCCGGCAUCAACCGCGGCUGGUUCAGGCUGCCCGGCAGCGAGGCCCUGCCGCCGACUUUUCCGGACCACCAGGACCCGCAGAACCCGGCCAAGCCGCAGAAGCCGGGAAAAGGAGGGGAUGUCGUGGUGGAGGUGCCCGAGGGCGUGGACAAGAAGGUCUUGCCGACGCCGCUGUAUAAGACGCCUGAUCCGCCGCCGACGGGCGUGCGUGCCCCGCCGACUAAGCAGUGGAAAAUUGAUUUCGUCGUUUGGUGUAAUGUGUGGAAUACGUUCUUCCAGGCUUGCUUGGCUGGGUUCAUGUGGGGCAUGAAUCGGUAUGAUAGACCGUCUUGGUCGACCGGGUUGUUCGUCGCUUUGGCGUGUAUCGUUGCGGCCGCGGGCGGUAUCUGCAUGUUCAUGGAGGGAAAGGCGGUGAAGAAGGUGGAGGGUGUGCCGAUGGAGACCUGGAGGAAGGAUCAAAAAGAUGCGUUGGACGAGGAAAAGGCGGCGGAACGGGAUGAUCGGUAG